AUGACGUGUUGCAGGGCGAUGACGGUGGCGCUGCCGGACUUUGGCGGCGUCGGCGAUGGCGUUACCUCCAACACGAGGGCCUUCCAGUCGGCGGUGGCCCACCUGGCCCAGGCGGCCCCCUGCUCCAGCGGCGGCGGCCAGUUGUACGUCCCCCCCGGGCGGUGGCUCACGGGGAGCUUCAACCUCACUAGUUGCUUCACACUCUACCUACACCGAGACGCCGUCAUCCUCGGCUCCCAGGUCGGCCCCUCUCUCUCUAUCUAUCUCUCUCUAUCUCACUCUAAAACUCUAGUCUCAUGACUUUCUUCGUUCGUCUCACACGCCGGAUUGAUGACGAUAGAAGAGAGCCGCAACAGGAAACAUCGAUUCUCCAAAAAUUGGGUGAAACAGACAAAAAACGCAAUCGAGGAGGUCCCUUUCAGUCGAUUCAGUUCUACCUGUUCUUCAUGCGCAAUAACUCAUUUUCAGUGUGGCACAACAAAUUCAAGGCUAUCAAAAUUCAAGGCUAUAUAAGAUCCUCGCAUGAAUCGAGAAUCUUUUAUCUUCUCAGUUAAGGAGAGAACCGGAAUUCAUUUGUCUCCUGUUUGUGUGACGUAUCAUACUGGCCUUACAAGUCCCUCUCUCUCAUGAACUGAUUACAAUCGCUGCCCUUUUAGAGUCCUCAGUCCAGAGAGAGAACGUAGAAUUUCCAUUUUAAAGGCAUACGUACUAAUCCAUCUUUCUUUUCCCUCGCACACUCCCUCUCAUGAAUCAACCACAGUCACCGCCCUUUAAUAUUCUUCUAAUUAAACCUACAAUCGAAAGUUACUAUCCUCUUACAAGUCGACCUCACCUGUUUCCUUCCUAUAUAUCUCUCUAGACCCAUCUCUCUCCCCCUCAAGAGUUGGAUUACGACCCCGGUAAGUUCUAAGUUAGUGAGAGAAAAUCGUGUUCAGCUGCUUGGUUGAUACAUAUCCUAUCGAUCUCUCUCUCUCUUCCUCUUUCUCUCAUGAAUUGACCAUGCAGGACAUGAGCGAGUGGCCGAUCAUUGAUCCCCUCCCCUCCUACGGCAGGGGGCGGGACGCCCCCGGCGGCCGCUACAGCAGCCUCAUCCUCGGCUCCAACCUCACCGACGUAGCCAUUACAGGUACCAACUAACUAAACCCCCUCGAACAGGAAGGAAGACGGCGCCGCCGCCGACCCGCCCCCACGCUGACACCGCCGCCGGCGCUGUUGUUGCAGGGGACAACGGCACCAUCGACGGUCAGGGAGCGGCAUGGUGGUCCAAGUUCAGAUCCCACAACCUCCGCUACACCCGCGGUUACCUCAUCGAGCUCCUCUUCUCCGACCAGAUCCUCAUCUCCAACCUCACUCUCGUCAACUCGCCCUCCUGGAACGUCCACCCUGUCUACAGCAGGUCUCCUCCCCCUCCACAUACACCACCAACCAUUUUAGGGUUUCAUGACGAUGACCAUGACCCUUGUAGCUUUCUCCUGGCCCUGCAGCAACGUUAUCGUCUCCGGCAUCAGCAUCCUCGCUCCGGUGAACUCCCCCAACACCGACGGCAUCAACCCGGGUGAGAGAAACCUCCCCCGCCGCCAUAGCCGACCGCCUCUCACGGCCUCCAUCUCCCAUGGCAGAUUCCUGCUCGCAGGUGAGGAUCGAGGACUGCUACGUCGUCUCCGGUGACGAUUGCAUCGCCAUCAAGAGCGGGUGGGACGAGUACGGCAUCGCCGUGGGCAUGCCGAGCCGGCAAAUCAGCAUACGGCGGCUCACAUGCAUCUCCCCCACCAGCGCCACCAUAGCUCUCGGGAGCGAGAUGUCCGGCGGGAUCGAGGAUGUGCGUGCAGAGGACAUCACCGCCGUGGACACAGAAUCUGGCGUGCGGAUCAAGACCGCCGUCGGAAGGGGAGCUUACGUGAAGGACAUCUUCGUGAAGGGUUUCGUGAUGAAGACGAUGAAGUGGGCCUUCUGGAUGACCGGAAACUACGGCUCCCACGCCGACGAAGGCUUCGAUCCUGCCGCCAUUCCCGUCGUCUCCGGCAUCAGCUACAGCGACAUCACCGCCAGCAACGUGACCACCGCCGGCAGACUGGAGGGGAUCCCCGGGGCGCCAUUCACGGGGAUCUGUAUCUCCAACGCCACCAUCGAGGUCGUCAAGUCCAAGAAGGCUCCCUGGACCUGCUCCGACAUCGAGGGCGCCACAACCUCCGUCACCCCGCCGCCGUGCUCGGCGCUGCCCGAUCAAGGCGGUGCCGCCACCCCCUGCCCUUUCCCCCCGGAGAGGCUCCCCAUCGACAUGGUCGAGCUCAAGGAGUGCUCCUCACUCGUUCCUCACUGA